GGUGACAGACCCUGUGCUGCUUGUGCACUUGCUCCUGACCUGCCCGCCAAGAUGUCCUGCCAGCAGAACCAGCAGCAGUGCCAGCCCCCUCCCAAGUGCACCCCCAAGUGCCCUCCCAAGUGCCCCACCCCAAAAUGCCCCCCAAAGUGUCCCCCCAAGUGCCCUCCAGUCUCUUCCUGCUGCAGUGUCAGCUCUGGGUGUGGGAGCUGCUGCAGCUCUGGAGGUGGUGGCUGCUGUGGCCACAGCUCUGGGGGUGGUGGCUGCUGCCUGAGCCACCACAAGCCCCGCAGGUCCCUUCGCCUCAGACACAGGAGGUCUGACUGCUGCAGCCAGCCCUCUGGGGGCUCCAGCUGCUGUGGAGGUGGCUCCAGCUGCUGUGGAGAGAGCUCCAGCUGCUGUGGAGGGGGCUCCAGCUGCUGCGAAGGGAGCAGUGGUCAGUCCUCUGGAGGCUGCUGCUGAAGUGGAGUCUACCUGACCUCCUCUUCCCCGUGAGCCUUGGAGCGGCAGAGAAGUCCCAGCAAUCUUGAGCUUUGGUCUAGAAGAUUCCUCUAUCUUGUAUCCAGAAAACCACAGACUUUCUAAAACCCAGUUGCUGACCUCCUUCCCCGUAUCUGUGACUGCCCUGGGAAUCCCAAAGCACAGACCCUAUGUCUCUUUCUACCAUAUGUUAUUAUAUUCUGCUGCUUGAAUUGAA